GCUCCUCCCCCAAUUUGAACGUUCCGAUCUUGAAACUUGCUCGACAUGUAGGCUUGCCUGUCUGAGUAAAUGAUUCAUUUUCUAUAUAGAUUGUGGCCACACUGCCUAACACUUCCUUCCUUCGGGAAGAGAGAGAGAGAGAGACUGCGGGGUAAAGGGAGUAGAGAGAUUUGAAGUGGGUUUGAUUUUUGAAUGUUUAGUUUCAUCUCUGUCUUUAUGCGUUGAGGCUCUGUCAAUUUGUGGGUUUUCAAAUAAUCCAAAUUAUCUAUCCUUUGGAGAUCCGCGUGUUGUUUCUUCCAUAUUAUAUGUUUUUGAUCCGUUGACGAUCUCGUUUCCGGAUAGAAAAAUAAAAAAUCUCUGCUUGGUGCUCUUGAUUUCUUAGAAUUGUGAGAGCUUGUGAGUGAGAUAGAGAGAGAUAUUUGAAGAUUAAGCUAUGUUGUGCUUUGCUUUCCAGAGAAAAGAAACGAGUUAUAGUUUCUGAGUCUUCAAGGAACUGAAGAAAGGCAUUGUACGGUGGCUUUUGAGGCUGUGCGCUUUGAAUGUGUAAGAAAAGUCGAGCAAUUUGAGGAUUGAUCAUGGUGGAAGAUGGUGGAGAUAAGGUUUUGGCUGAUACCCAGUCAGCCGAAACCUUGUUAUCAUAUGCACAAGAGCUAGUUCCGGUUGCUCUUGAGAAGGCAAGGGAGGUCAAGGGAUUUCCAGGUAGGUGGAAGAUGAUAAUUUCAAGGUUGGAUCAGAUCCCUUCUUGUCUAUCAGAAUUGUCAAGCCAUCCUUGCUUCUCAAGGAAUACACUUUGUAAGGAGCAAUUGCAGGCAGUGUGCAAGACACUUAAAGAAGCAAUCAAACUGGCAGAAUUAUGUGUGAAAGAGAAAUAUGAAGGGAAGCUUCGGAUGCAGAGUGAUCUCGAUGCCUUGUCAGGCAAACUGGAUUUGAAUCUGCAUGAUUGUGGGCUUUUGAUCAAAACUGGGGUGCUGGGAGAGGUCACCUUGCCUUUGGCUGUGGCCAAUUCUUCGGGAGAACCUGAUACUGCAUUCCAUUGCAAUGUAAGGGAAUUACUUGCUCGCCUUCAAAUCGGCCACUUGGAGGCAAAGCAUAGAGCUCUUGACAGCCUCUUUGAAGUCAUGAAAGAGGAUGAGGAAGAUGUUUUGGCUGUUUUAGGACGUAGCAGUAUUGCUGCUUUAGUCCAAUUGCUCACUGCAACUUCUCCACACAUUCGAGAAAAAGCAGUCACAGUCAUUAGCUCACUCGCAGAAUCUGGGAGCUGUGAGAAUUAUCUUGUUUCAGAGGGUGUUUUGCCACCUCUUAUAAGGCUUGUUGAGUCUGGUAGUGCGGUGGGCAAAGAGAAGGCGACAAUUUCACUCCAGAGAUUGUCGAUGUCUGCUGAAACAGCCCGCUCAAUUGUUGGGCAUGGUGGGAUUCGCCCGCUGAUUGAGAUCUGCCAAACUGCGGAUUCUGUUUCACAAGCUUCUGCUGCUUGUACCUUGAAGAAUCUGUCAGCCGUUCCUGAGGUAAGGCAAACUCUGGCAGAAGAAGGGAUUGUUAGGGUUAUGAUUGACUUAAUUGAUUGCGGAAUUUUAUUGGGAUCUAGAGAAUAUGCUGCAGAAUGCUUGCAAAAUCUAACUGCUUGCAAUGAUGACCUCCGAAGGUCUGUUAUUUCGGAAGGUGGAAUUCGAUGCCUAUUGGCUUAUCUUGAUGGCCCAUUGCCCCAAGAAUCUGCAGUUGGUGCCUUGAAAAAUUUGGUGGGCUCAGUUGCAAUGGAAGUUUUGGUUUCCCUUGGUCUUCUUCCCUGUUUGGUUCAUGUGCUUAAAUGCGGAUCUCUGGGGGCGCAGCAAGCUGCUGCUUCAGCAAUUUGUCGAGUUUGCAUCUCAACAGAGAUGAAGAAGUUGGUGGGAGAAGUGGGGUGUAUUCAUCUGCUCGUUAAGAUGCUUGAGGCGAAGACAAACAGUGCUAGAGAGGUUGCUGCACAAGCAAUUUCGAGCUUGGUGACCCUUUCACAGAACUGUAGAGAAGUCAAAAGGGAUGAUAAAAGUGUGCCAAAUCUAGUCCAGUUGCUCGAUGUGAGUCCGCACAACACCGCCAAGAAGUAUGCAGUUUCCUGCCUUUCAUCUCUCUCUUCAAGUAAAAAGUGUAAAAAGCUGAUGAUUUCUUAUGGGGCCAUUGGUUAUCUGAAGAAGCUUACAGAGAUGGAUGUCCCAGGUGCUAAGAAGCUACACGAGCGACUGGAAAGAGGGAAAUUAAGAAGCCUUUUCAGCAGGAAAUAGAGGAUGGACACGUCUUUGUACAAUCAACCUAGUUUUCUCCUCUCAGCUCGUGUGCCCAGUGUUUCAUUUUCUGUAUGAAACAAAGUUAAUUCUUGGUCUAAACUGGAAUGCAUUAAGCUUUGCUAAUCUAUGAGAUCAUAAUUUAGCGAUAAUAAAUGUGUAAAAUAUUAAGCUUUGCAUUACUAUGAGAUAAUAAUUUAGCGACAA